AUGGAUUUCUCGUUGCAUCCGAACAAUGAAAAUCUCGUCAUAAGUAACAACCAACCAUUUCUUAGUGAUGAUGAUGUAUCUAAUUUUCAGAAUGGAUAUCUUAAUUCAUUCGAUGAUGCUUCUCUCAAUGGAUUGUAUCAUCCACCGAUUCCAGCCGCUUUCUCUCAUCACCAUCACCAAAAUUUGAUAUCUUCGAUCCCAUACCAUUACUAUAGUUCUUUGAAUUUGAACGUAGAAACUACUCAAGUUCCUCCAAAUUACGAAGCUCCCACAACCAACAUACCCUCAACAUAUCCACUUAUGGAUAUCAAUUCUUUCAAAGAAAUCCAACAAAAUGAGAAUAUUGUGCGGGAUGAGAUUGUACACGACCAUGGGUUUAUCACUGGUGGUGGAGAGACAAAUCUCGAUCAGAAGGCUCAAUCUCAACCAUUUGAUUUUGCUGGACCAAAUAAUAUCAGCGGCACAAACAAAAAAUUCACUAAUCAGUCUCAAGAUCAAGUGGUGAAAAACAUACCUUCUAAGAAAGCUAACAUCAUCAAAUGGAAAUGGACAAGAACAGAAGAUAAGCAAGAUACUAAAGCGAAUGGUGGAACUUUAUGGAACAAAAAAAUGGUCAAAGAUUUCAAAGAUGUUUGA